ACGCGUACGGACGCCGAGAGAAAGAGCAGCGACUGGGCGAAAGAAAGCAGGCGGAGAAAACAGGAAUCGCUGAUCGGUGGCAAAGGCAGCAAUAGCAGCAGCAGCAGAAGCGGCUGAAGAAGAAGCCGAGCAGACGCCGAAUUAGAAAUGUUUACCAUUUAAGCGACGCCUAAUGGAAAUACUCUCACGUACCGCUCGCUCUCGGCUCUCUUGGAAACGCGCUCUCCCGCGUUAAAGUGAAAGUUUUCCCCACAAAAGUGGCGAAGGUCCGUUAUCUUGGCCGCUGUUCGGGCCAACUCGCAAUCAGGCAGUCAGAUACACGCGGAGCGUUCAGUCGACCGGACGCAUGGUCGCUGAUACAAGAUACAAGAUACACGAUAUAGAUACCCGAUACCAGAUACUAUAUAUGUGGUGCAGUGUGUUAGUGUUUUGGUGCGAGCAACUGUAAAUUCGCAGCUGACCAAAGAAAGUGCGGUCGUCGCAAUAAAACCGAAUUAAAUUUAAUCGAAAUCGGAAUCGGAUCCACAUAGUUACAACUCAAUUCGCGUUCGUCGCCUAAGUCUUUCGUUUAGCGCGCUCCGCUGCCACACUGUUUUCGCACUCACGCCCGAUUUUCGGUGGCGAUUUCGAAACAAGCAGGGCGCAUAUCACUAUCACAACGAGCUGCCAGACGGUCUAGGCCAAGAACUCCCCGCAGGUGUCCGGCAGUCCAGCAGCAAACAUGUUUAAGUGGGUUACGCCGGCCUCAACGGCGACGUUGUCCCGCUGCACACUGGCAGCAACAACAGCGGCCACAACAACAACAACGGCGAUGGCAGCAACGAGAACAGCAACGACAGCGACGAGAACAACAAGACCACAACUACUUUCCAUCGCUUUAACAAGUUUAAUAAUAAUAGUCGCAUCAUUUGUGCCGACAACAAGUGGAUUUAGAUCAAUUGAAACGAAUGGCGGUGGUCGCAAGCUCUUUGGGGGCUAUCGCAUCACACCGAAGCACUGCCGUGCCACCAAGACGCUGCCCAGCUCGGAUCCACGGGCCAAUGGACCCACCAUCUGCAUGUUUAACCACGAGUGCGCCCAGCGGGGUGGCGAGGUGGUGGGCGCCUGCAUGGACGGCUUCCUCUUCGGCGCCUGCUGCCAGAUCCCGCCCACCCACGAGUUGGCCAGCACGCUGAUUAACGAGGCGCAGAACGCCUACUUCCAGCAGCACCAGCAGCAGACGAAGCUCCAGCAGUCAGCAGCCCAAUCCUCGUUCGAAAGCUACGGCGAGCAGCAGCAGUCACUGAGCGAGGAGCAGGUGGCACAGCAGCCGUCGCAGAACAUCUACGAUCAGCAGAACCUGGACAAGGUCUACCAGCAACUGGGCAGCAGCAGUAGCAUCAGUCCACCCAGCGGCGCUUACGGCGAUGAGCCACAGCAGCAGGAAUAUCAGUCGGAGUCGGAGCAACCAGUAAGAGAUGAGAAUGCGUAUCCUACCAGCAGUUCAUCCACCGAGGCCACUCAGUCUCAGUCCUCCUCCGCCAGUGUGGAAUUCGAGCAGGAGCCAUCCCAACCUGCGGAUGCCUCCAACGAUCAGACCACUCAGAAGAUCAACAAGCAGCCCGUCCAGCCACCCAACUUCCACGUCCACAAGCACUCCGUGACCAUCAACUCACCCUCUUCGCCUCCUCAAAACGAUGACUUCGUGAUGCAGGUGCUAAGCACCUUGCCACCUGAGCAUGCGGAUGACCAUCAUAUUGUCUUUACCACCGAAGUGCCCACCAAGAUUGCCAGUGGCUUGCAGGAUCAAACGAGCUCUGAGUCCAACUCCUUCGAAGAGGUGUCUUCGACGCCAGCAGCUACCCAAAAACCGAAAACCAAGCCAACUCAAAAGCCCACUCAAAAGCCCACUCAGAAGGCCACGCAGAAGCCCACUCCAAAACCCACACAGAAAGCCAAGCCGAAACCAGUUCCCCAACUAGCGGAGAGCAUGAAGCGACCCAUCCAGCAGAAGCCACAGCAGGUGGCGAAACCUAAGCCAAGCCCUAAGCCUGCCCAGUCCACGAACAACCACCACCACAACCACUUGAUCCUGGAUGGUGGCGAGUUCACGCACAGUGAUAUCACCCACCCCGGAGCAGAUGCCGAUCUCGUGGAGGAUCUGCAAUUCUCCACUGGCUAUGGCCCCCAACCUGUGUACGCUGAACCACCGAAGCAGCAACAGCAACAGCAACCUGCGGAGCAGAGCUACAUCUCCUCCAGCACUAGUGCCAAACGUCCAACGAAUGGUCAUAAUAGUCCCACCACUGUUUCCUCGAUUACCACCCACGUAGACUCUAUCGAAUCUAUCAUCCUGCAGCUAAACAAUACCAGUCAUGGUCCCAGUUAUAAUGUUGUGAGCCAGCAGACCCCAUCAUAUGGAUAUCCUGGAGCAGCAGUGGUUCAGACUGAGCCAGCAACCCAAGAUCCCACAUUCUACCAGGAGAACGAGUCGGAGAAGGUCCAGGAGUCGGACUCGCAGUCUGAUUACGGUUACACCACCACAGUGAACUACGAGUCUUUCUACGACAAGGUUUCAGAUGAGCAGGAUGCCUCCGCUGCUGUCAGUCAGUCUGCUGAGAUGCCCACCGCACGUCCUGGUUACGGAGAAGAUGUUUCCGCUGUGCUGGAGGACCACACUAUGCCGGCCAAUGGUUACCAUGAUGCUGAGGCUCCAGUUGCUCCACAGACUUCGGAGUUCAACAAGAUGCCUGUGAUGGGCAUUGCCUAUCCAGUGGAUAUGUCCUAUAUGGAGGAGGAGGGAAAUCUUCCGGCAACUGCAGCUGGUUAUGGCCAAAUGAGCAGUGACUCCUACGAGGCGAGUACUGAAUCCACUUACCAGAAGCUGUCAACGGUCCAAACGGAAGAGCCGCAGCCACUGCCAACAUACGUGCGUCCCACAACCAAUGCCAAUAAGCAGAAUCGCCCAGUGGCCUCUUACAUCGGAAUGGUGACAAUGCAACACUAUAACCCACAGCCCGGAAAUGGUGACUACCAGGCUCAAGUUCCCCCCGAAGUAUCCGUAUCCUCGCACACCACCAAAGUCCAGGAGCAGAUGGAUGAGACCUCGAAUGGCUAUCAGCAAUCGGAGACCACUUCUGGCUAUGUUUCGCCACCAACUGCUGUUCCUGCGCCAGCACAACGGCCUCAGUAUGACGCUGUCCAGGGUGAUGCUUCCUCGGAGCGACCGGUCCUGGUGACGGCCAGUCCCAGGCCCCGACCCAAGCCCAGCACCAAGCGACCUGCCGUGAAGAGGCCCAUCAGCGGCGAUAGCACCAAGAAGAAACCCCAGCCACAGCCAAGUGCCGGUGCCUACAACCAAGAGAAGAUUAUCGAGCAUAGCACCAGAAAGCCCGUGUCCAGUGGAUAUGAUAAGGUGCCCGAGUCGCCCAUCACACACAUUCAGAUUAAGAAGCCAUCGGCAACUCAUCACAAGGAACAAGAGCAGACCGGAUACCCCAGACCUUCCAGUCCUGCGGGUUACGAACAGACAACUGUCGCAGCUCCUGCGCCAGCUGUUCCUUCUCUCAACUACGACAAGCCGGAUGCUCCACCUAGCCAGUACGACCAGCCCUCGGCUCCAUCCGCCAGUUACGACCAGUUGGCGCCGAUGCCAUCUCUCAACUACAACGAGCAGCAUGCUAGUUCACCAGGAAGGAAGCCGUCAACGGCCAAGCCCAUUUCCACCAGCUAUGUUACCGGGCCGAGUACCCCACGACCCCCAGCCACCGUUGAUUACCACUAUGACAAUGUGCCACCACUGUUCAUGGCGGACGACAAGCUGGAUGCCUUCAUCCAGAGCACGGCGGAGAACAUUGUCGGAUCGACCCCGGGCAACUAUCAGCCUCCGCUGGUGGCUACUGCAUCGACGCCCGCUUACGCCCAUAGACCAACCAGCAGUGGUAGCUAUGGCCACAAGAAGCCUGGCUUCGUGCAGAUCAAUGGAACACCCAAGCCUCCCAGACCGACGGUGCUCAUUACGCCCAAGCCCACUGCCAUAAAUCUUGUGACCUACAGCUCUUUGAGCGACGAUAGCAACAAGCUGGCCUCCAGCACAAGUUCCUAUGUGAGCGGAAGACCAGGAGUACAGGGAGUAAGUUCUAACGACUUCGAGGAUCCCGGAUACUUUGGCAGUAGCCCCGUCCAUGUGGCAUUCACGCAAUCCACCACAGAGGCCGUCUACGCAGUGCCCUCCGAUGACAAACCAGCAUUCCCAGGAUACUUCGGACCGACGCCCUCGUAUCCCGCCUUCUCAGUUCCCGGCGAGAAAGUGGGCCAGAAUGUGAUGGAAGAGACCUACACGUCGCCCAAUGAUUUCGUCAACUUCCCGCCGGUGAGGAACCCCAAUCUGAACAUGUCAGCUGCCUCAAGCGCAGUGACCAGCGAUCUCGACCUCUCUACCCCCGCCUUUGUGGAGGAUGUGGUGCUCAAGGACAAGAUGCACACCCUGGUUCACAAACUGGUAGCCUCGCUGCAGGGUAACUUUGAGGCCCUGGCAGAUAUGAUCGAAGAGCCGGGAAGCAACAAGACCGUGGCCACCUACCAAGCCGGAGCAGGUGGAACAGCCAAGCCUGUGAGAGUAGUAACAACUCGGAAGCCUGUGAGGACAGCCUCCACAACCAGGCCGAAGGUAACCACAAAGAAACCAGUCACCCGGGUCACGACAAAGGCUCCCAACAAGAAGACUUCCGCUGUCAGCACCACCACUCGCAAGCCCGCGACGCGUCGCACCACCGUUGCCGCCAAGGUAACCACCACCACCCGGAGACCGGCGACCAAGAAGCCAACUCGCCGGGUAAGCAGCACCGUGAAGACCACGACCGUUAGUUCGGCCAGACCGGCGGACGACGAGAUCGUGGACGAGGAGGACGAAGAGGACGUUAACCCGAAUCCCAGCGACAACGAGAUUGACCAGGGAGCUACUUUGAGCUCGUACGGCGGAGCCAACGGUCGGAAGAUUCACUCGACUUCUCGAACACUCCCCACUCCUAACCUCGCAUUUCACUCCCCAUCAACAGAGUGCGGUGUGCGGCCCCAUGUCAAGUCCGGCCGCAUUGUCGGAGGCAAGGGCUCCACCUUCGGCGCCUACCCCUGGCAGGUCCUCGUCCGGGAGUCCACCUGGCUGGGCCUAUUCACCAAGAACAAGUGCGGCGGCGUCCUAAUCACCAGCCGCUACGUCAUCACCGCCGCCCAUUGUCAGCCUGGAUUCCUGGCCUCUCUGGUGGCUGUUAUGGGCGAGUUUGACAUUUCCGGCGACCUGGAGAGCAAGCGUUCAGUGACCAAGAAUGUUAAGCGCGUCAUCGUCCACCGGCAGUACGAUCCGGCCACGUUCGAAAACGAUCUGGCCCUGCUGGAACUGGACAGUCCAGUGCAAUUCGAUACCCAUAUAGUGCCCAUUUGCAUGCCCAAUGAUGUGGCGGACUUCACUGGACGCAUGGCGACAGUGACGGGAUGGGGACGCCUUAAGUACGGAGGUGGAGUGCCCUCCGUUCUCCAGGAAGUGCAGGUGCCGAUUAUCGAGAACAGCGUUUGCCAGGAGAUGUUCCACACCGCUGGACACAACAAGAAGAUUCUCACCUCCUUCCUGUGCGCCGGCUAUGCCAACGGACAAAAGGACUCCUGCGAGGGCGACAGUGGCGGUCCGCUGGUGCUGCAACGACCGGAUGGACGCUACGAGUUGGCCGGAACCGUUUCCCACGGCAUCAAGUGUGCGGCGCCGUAUCUGCCAGGUGUCUAUAUGCGCACCACCUUCUACAAGCCGUGGCUGCGCAGCAUAACGGGCGUGAAAUAGGUAGUCGCCUCCACAGUUUCCAAGUUUCUCCCCAUCCCAGAGAUGGCCAGCGCCAACUAGCUGCUGAGGCAGGAGCACCAAGUGUAAAUAGAACGUAGAGUUUUAAGAGUCGCGGCAGGCAGCGUGGGAAAGUUGGCUCAUCCUAUGCGACGUCGCAUCCUCGGACCCCUUCCUCGAACCCCCUCCAUGCUACCAUCAUUUCAUUAGCUUAAUUGAAAAUCAACUGCAGCACUUCAAACGACAUUCGCCGGGGAUUCCCAAAUUCCGAGUUAGCGACAUUUCGCUUGAGAAUGGCUGCAGAUUCCGUUUUUUUGAGUACGCGUGCCUAACACUUGUAGAGUCUGAAUGAGAAUUACGCUGAUUGCAAACCGUAGGCAUAAGACAUAUUUAUUCUAGUUCUAAGCCUAUUUAUUUGACUAUUUAUUUAUUUAUGUGACGUGACGUGAGGAAGCGCGGCGAUUUGUGCGUUUGAUUCAACUAAAAAAAAA